UCCAUCCAUCCAUUCCUCCCUCCCUUCCUCCCCCGACGUGGUUCCUCCGCCUCCUCGGUGGGGCCAUGCUGGGCCUGGGGCUCCUGGUGCUGGUGGUGUGGGGCUGGGCCCUGGUCCUGGUGGGGUCCCAGGAGCUUUAUGCACCCCACUCCAUCCGGCUGGAGGGGGACAUCACCCUCGGGGGCCUCUUCCCGGUCCACGCCAAGGGCCCCGGCGGAGGAGGAGGAGGUGGUGGAGGGGUCGGCGGAGGGGGCCUUGGGGCCCUUCCCUGCGGGGACAUCGAGGGCGAGUCCGGGAUCCACCGCCUGGAAGCCAUGCUCUACGCCUUGGACCAGAUCAACAGCGACCCGGAGCUGCUGCCCAACGUGACGCUGGGGGCGCGGAUCCUGGACACCUGCUCGCGGGACACCUACGCGCUGGAGCAGUCGCUCACCUUCGUCCAGGCCCUCAUCCAGAAGGACACUUCCGACGUCCGCUGCACCAACGGGGAGCCGCCCGUCUUCGUCCGGCCCGAGAAGGUCCUCGGCGUGGUGGGCGCCGCCAGCAGCUCCGUCUCCAUCAUGGUCGCCAACAUCCUCCGGCUCUUCCAGUGUAUAGAAAUCCACUUGGUGAUGUUGGGAAUACUUGCUCAGCCUAAGAAAGACAAUGGCAAAAGACAAUGGCAAACUUCCUCUGAAAAAAUCUUCCAAGAAAACUCUGUGAGAGGUUUGCCAAUAAGUUGAAGUCAAC